CAUUUCAUAUUUGUGAUAGUUGACGUUUGGUGUUUUGUGAGCGCGCCAUUUUGGAGUUGAAGAGAAAGCGACGCUGAGUUUUACGUAUCGAAGAAAUACUUUUAAACAGUGUACAAAUAGUGCUAAAAAAUGGUUGACAAAAUUGAAAUGAGCCUUGACGACAUCAUAAAAUCAAACAAAAAUCCCCGAGGGCGUGGUGGACGAAGAGGUGGCCGAAGUCGUGGUAGUGGAGGAGGAGGUAAUCAACGCCGAGGAAAUUUUAGAAACUCCGGUCGAUCUGGUUCGUCAGGAACUGCUUCAAGAGGUCGAGGACGCGGUGGAAUUUCUCGAAGUUAUACUCGGGGAGAUGUAAACAGUGCAUGGAAGCAUGAUCUUUUUGAGGGGUACGGACCCCGUAAAGUGGCUGUAGCUAGAGCAGCCGUACAAGCCACGAUGGGACCAACGAAGCUUAUGGUAUCUAAUUUAGACUUUGGGGUUUCUGACUCUGAUAUUCAGGAGCUUUUCGCUGAGUUUGGACCCCUUAAAAGUGCUGCUGUUCAUUAUGACAGAUCGGGCAGAUCAUUGGGAACUGCUGAUGUUAUUUUUGAGAGAAGAAGUGAUGCAAUCAAAGCUAUGAAACAGUACAACGGAGUGCCUCUGGAUGGGCGAGCUAUGAACAUUCAACUAACUACGUCAGAAAUACCCAGCCCCAUGAGAAGACCUGUAGGUGAAAGGAAGUUUCAAAAUAGAAGUCCAAGAGGGGGAAGAUCUAGACCAAGUAGUAGAGGUCGAGGGGGUGGGCGGAACGUGAGAAAUCAGAGAAAGCCACCUACAGCUGAAGAACUAGAUGCAGAACUGGAAGCCUACUCUAGUGCAAUGAAGUAGGAGCACAAGUUUGUGUUGUUUGUUUUUUUUUCAGACAGUCAUGUGUGAAACGCUGCUUGUGUGAUUUAUCAAUUUUAAAUGAAGGAUACAACAAAUGUUAGUUUUUCAAAAAGUAUUCCAACUUGAGCCUUAAUGAAGUGAGUUUAAUUUUUUAUUGAACAGCGUCUCCUCAUUUAUAACUUGUUACUUGUAAAUUUUAUGACUAGAAUAAUAAAUGUAAGUUGAAAUAUCA